AUGCCGGAGCUCACCUGGGUCGCCGAGGUGCCAACCAAUUCAUCCUCCCUGUUCGUUACCGCCCGUGGCGUGGGCAGAACAAAAGAUGAGCACAAAAAAGUCCGCAAGCAUGCCGCUCAGAUGAGCGCAGCUAAACGUCUGGCCACGAUCAAGCAAAAAGAGCGCGAUGUCAUCAUGGAACUGGUGCGGCAACAGUCUUCCACCGCGCUCGAACGUCCAAAGGCCAAACGUCACGCAACGGAAGAGGGUCCGCCUCCAUGGUUCAUUUCAAGACUGCUCGCGGAAUCAUCAUGGUAUGAGACCGCCGUGCAGAUGAACAGUCUGGGCCAGAAAUCUACAAGAAACAUCCUCCACGGCGCUCUCACCCACAACACUUCAUUGUGGCAAUGCGCGGUCAUGGCGGCGGGGACUCACACCAACACGUGCGGUCUACCCCCUUCAGCGCUCCACAGCAUGGGUACCGGCCUCAUCCACUUGCGAAGUGCUUCCCUGCAAGCGGUCAACUCCGCCAUCCAGGCAUCUGUUCGAGACAGCCUUACUUGCGUUGCCGUCGCGCUGAUGGCAGGUUGGGAACGAGGCUGCCGUUAUGGGGAGAACAGUGCGUACGAGAUGCACAUGGCCGCGUGGCGUCGUAUGAAGUUUCCACCAAAUGCACUGGAAGAACAAAACAUUGACACUCUGAUGGACGCCGUCAUGGAGCUCUUCAAAGAGAAUCUCGACGAGAUUUCCAUCGUGAGAACCACCGCAUCAUCCUCGCGUCCGCAGUAUCCCGCCCAUCUCCCAAUCGGAUUUCGAGUCUUUAGCUUGGCUCGUCCGGAAACCAGAUCAUUGCUCGACAUUGUUUCGAGGAUCGCGGAAAACGAUCCGACKGUCCUGGGAUCGCUUUGGGGCAUUCGUGAGUUUUGUGUCCAGGCGAUUGCAUGGGGCGCCUCGCACUCCGUCUCCAUCGGUCUGGAGGUCUGUCCGGCUCACGAAGAAGGAUGGGAUUAUCCGGAGCUCCAGGCGCUCUAUCACAUUAGAGCAACGUGCAUAUCCCUCAACGCUGUCCUACAUACAGUGGCCAUGGACACACAUAAAGUGCAUUGGAGCAUGGACCAUGCCGAUGCCUUGGCCGCGCACGUUUCAUCAUGCCGGCAUCUCAAUACAGGAGCGCUGAUGGGGACCAAGUAUGAAGCAAUUGGUCUCUGGAGUCGAUUCAUGAUGUGUGCGAUUAGUAGAGAUCCCGAUCGAGACCAUUUGUUGUAUCGAUGGAUGCGUCUGUGUGGCGUCGAAGCCUGGUUGGAUCUGGAGGCUUUGUUGGCGAGGCAUAUCGACCUACAUCAAUUCCUGGGAAGCAGGACUCAUGACUUGUUUCGCAUCGUCACGGGGAGAGCCGGUGAUUUGAAACUUCAUGGUUGGGAAUGA